UGAAAAUUAGAAUUAGUUUGCGCACUGUGAAUACAUGUGCAACAACAUUGACCGAAUAUCACGAGCCCAAUUUUUUGUGAAUUUUUUCGGUUUUUGAUUAUUAGAAAGCUGUAUAAUUCCAAAUACCGAUGAAAAAUUAGGGUUUCGUGAGGGACAGGAAAACAUUCUACUUGUGCAAGUGGUACAGUCAUGGUAAUGGCCACCAAUCCUCCGGCUGCGCCUCAGUCUGCUCCGGCCACAGCGGCUCCUACCAACCCGCCAAACUCUGCUCAAGGACCCAACCCUGCUGCCCCAGUCAACAACGUUACCCCCCAGUCAGUAGGACGAGAGUUUGUGCGACAAUACUAUACUUUACUCAACAAGGCGCCCAAACACUUGCAUAGGUUCUACACGAAUGCAUCUUCAUUCGUGCAUGGAGGAGUAGACCCUGAUGGGAGCCCGGAGGAUCCCGUUUAUGGCCAGGAGGCCAUCCAUGCCAAGAUCGUGUCACUGAACUUUCGUGACUGUCAUGCCAAGAUCAGGCAGGUGGACAGCCAUGGUACAGUAGGAGAGGGUGUCGUCGUGCAGGUGACUGGAGAGCUGUCCAACAAUGGGGAGCCGAUGCGUCGCUUUAUGCAGACCUUUGUGCUGGCACCUCAGGCAGCCAAGAAGUACUUUGUGCGAAACGACAUCUUCCGCUACCAGGAUGAAGUGUUCCAGGAUGAUGAGACAGAGAGUGAGCCUGACCUCCCGAUCGAAAUAGUUGAUUCUGAUGGCAUACGUGAGGAGAUCAGCUUGGUUGAACAGCAGCAGAGGAUUGCUACCCCAGAGCCCCAGGUCAUCAUCCCCAAGGAUCCCCCACAACCCCAGCAGGUUACUCCGUCAUACUACGAGCCCCAGCCUCCAGUAAGCAAUGGGUCGGCUCUACCGGAGUCUCCUGAAAAUACCCCCAUCAAGACUGCGGCCCCGGAGGUAGAAAGCUUCUCACCGGAGCCCCAGAUGGAGAUGGAAGAUCCUUCCCUCAACCUGCAGCAGCCUGUGAGGGCUCCUACCCCUCCUCCUGAAGAGAACCAUCAGGUGCUGGAGCAGGUGGAGGUGGAGAAGCCUCCUGUAGAGGAACCUGUCGAUAACACACCCAAGACAUUCUCAUGGGCGGAGAGAGCCAGAGGACAAACAGCUCCGAGCUCUGGUUUGGCAAGCAAACCCAUGGCAGCACCGAGCCAGGUAUUAGCCCCCAAACCGAUCGAGCCCAUCGGAGGCAUGACCACUCUCUCCCGUGACCCCCCACCAAGGGGUAAAGAGGUCCUGGCCCAGAGGGAACCCAGGGAAGGGAGCGUCGUGGACCCCCAGAGAGGAUGGGUGGGUCCUGGCUCUAACCCAGGCAUGACUGGUGGACCAGGUGCCGGAGGUGGAAGACGAGGAUUCGAGGAUGGACUUGAUAAGGGAAGGGGACCAUCCUCAGCAAGAUUUCCAGACAGUCAUCAACUCUUUGUUGGGAACCUACCACAGGACAUCAACGAUGAUGAACUCAAGGAGUUUUUCUCAGUGUAUGGGCGAGUUGUUGAGAUGAGGAUUAACCGUAACUCUGGACCCAAGCUACCAUUCUUUGGUUUCAUUGUGUUUGAUGACUCUGAGCCGGUGGAGAAAAUCCUCAAGCAGAAGAGGGCGAAGCCUAUCUUCUUCCGUGGUGAGCAUCGUUUGAACGUAGAGGAAAAGAAGAACCGAGAGAUGAGGCCCCCUCGUCUCCCUCGCGGUGACACAAGACCAGGCAGCGGCGGACCACCCCGUGGGGGCUCCAUGGGACGCGGCGGAGGACGUGGUAGCACCGGUGGUGUUGGAGGCAAAGGAGGUAGCGGCAGCGGACGUAGCUACAACCCACAACGCUAGACAUGUGACACUGGGAUGGACUCAAGGGAAGGGAAGGGUAGGGACCGAAAGAUAUAAACUAGCUAUGGCAAUCUCCAUAUUUGUUUCAGCGAUCCAAUGUAGUUUGUCGUGGUAGCUGGUGUACAAAGGGGAAUGGUAAGAAAACUGGGAUAUUUAAAUUCUAAAAGUGUGUGUCUCUAAUAAUGGGAUGGGACACUUCGAAUCUGACAAGGGUUCAGGUUCAGUACAUGUCCACUAUUGAAAAACAAAGACUAAGAUGCCAUUAGAUGUGCACUUGUUUGUGCAUAUUCCUGAAAUAAGAUUCACGUUGGAACAAUAUUCUUUGGCAGGUGUGUGUCGGAGGAUGGAUAACUGUAUGUAUGCAAACAAACUUUUCUUUUGAAACUUGUGAUAGUCUAGUACUGAGAAAUGCAAUUAAGGGGUAUAUUUUAAUAAAUCUGUUGUGGCAUUAUUGUGCCCUGUUCGUUUGAUAAUAAGAUUUAUUUUCAUGCUUUUCCCUGUGUAAUCAUACAUGUGUUAUGUGAUUGUUAGUCCAGUGUUAGUGUCAUGUACUGUGUAAACCUGAGAGGACGGGGGGUUGGGGUGAUAGGGAGGGGGUUCUUAUGUAUAUGAUUGUGUCUGUUUUGGAAGAGUCAUUACACUCAUUAACCGAUAUGCUUCUUAUGCCAAAGGACACAAUGUUGACUUUAUUUUAUGUUUUCAGGGUUCCUGAGUCAAUUUGGAUAUCAGAUUGGGCUGUGUUGAAUUUCAAAUUAAGUUCAACAAUACUUGUGUACAGUUGAUAAUUUAUUCAACUUACAGUUGUACAUGUGCCAUUAAAUAGAUUAUUGCUUAAUAUCAGAGACAGGUUUUUAUUCUUAUCAAGAAUAGCUCACCAUCAAACUAUGUACAGAGAAAAAUAUGUAGAUUGAAAGGGAACUAUCCCAACAGUUACAGAUCAUUUCCUAGAGCUUUAUUUUAUUGAUGGAGGAAAUAAUGGGCAUCAGAAACAAUUCCUAUUGUAAUCAUGAUAUUAUAUUUAGUAUUAAAGUUACCUCUAACAGUAUUUUUUCUGUUUAUAGUCCGAUUGUCGUACCAAUCAAUCUUCACUAUAUUUGAUAUCCAAAUUGACUCAGUCUUACUAGUGAAUAAUUGUGAAACUCUCCUGGUUUAUACCUUGGUGCCUUGUAGAUUAAUGAGAGUAUAAAUCAUUAAAAGCAGGUCAAAACGGGAGCAGAUAUGGUUCAGUUUAAUCAAGAGUAUUAGCAAUGCUAUCAAAAAUUUAAAAAUAUAAUGUAUUAGGAAGUGUGUGUGCUCAGAACAGUAUCUGUGUUGUACCUGUGUCAUUUGUGGCUGCCAAUCGUUAACUUAUCGGUGAUCUUUUAUUUCAAAACAUUGAUUCCCUCCCCCCUUAUUGCUGAAAUUCUUAUUCCAUUCAUUUUAUUCUGGGGGAAGAUUCCUUUGGGCAUAUAUUCAUUCUUUUCUCUGAUACUUGCAUGUAAAGCAUAGCAUGUUAGUCACAGCCUAGGUAAGAAUGAAUGUCAUGUAUUGCUAAAUUGUCUUGACCUGAGAGUGAGACUGAUGUGUGAGUGUGACUGAGAGGUGUUAGAGUGAGAGAGCAAUAUCGAGAGUGCAUGAAUGUUAAUUGUGUCUGGAAAGUCUUAAGACGCCUCAGGAAGAAGAAAUUUAAAAUAUUUUGGCCUGGGAUUCAAGAAAGCGGACUAACUCGAGUAUGACCCAGUCACCCAGACAAAGUGGGCGGCUUAACUUGCGUUAGACCUCUCACUCUGGAGUGCCAAGUACAAAUAACUGUUAUUCUGUAACUAAAUGAAUUAAAAUCUUGGCAUCAUGAAAUCGACUUCUCAGUUCCAUUUCAUGACUAGAUUCACUUCAUAUAUUGAUGGUUACAUAAUAGAAGUCAUUUUACAGUGUCUUGCUGACUUCUAGCUCUUCAUAUGUUCAUAGCACAGUGGAGUAAGUUAGUCCGCUUUUUAGAAUAUGGGCCUGAAAAUUGGAAGAAAUCUAAAGAUUUAUUGCCGGAUAUUUAUAUUAUUGGAAGGUGUGAUGUAAAUUACUAAUAAAGAAAAUAAGAAAAAAAUCUAAAACCCUUCAUGAUGUUCAUGCAUUAAUUGAAAUUCAAGGAUAAUAUAUGCACAAUGUAGUUAUUAUUGUUCUUAUCAAUUCACCAAGUAGAAGAAAAAUCUUUGAUUCUGUAGGAAGUCGUGUUAUGCUAUUUCCCUCAUCAAAUUCUUGUAUAUGCCACAGGCUUGAUAUUUCAUCCCAAUAUUUAUGGCUUUGAGCUAUCCGUGUCCUUAGAGUAUUUUUUCUUAAUAGAAGGUGAGGACAAGUUUGAGAUUAAAAAAUCAUUUUGUUUCACUAGAAUGAGGAGAGGGAAGUUGUCCUCCCCAUUUUAAUGUCUAGAAUAAAUCGGCUACUUUUCUUGUAAUUAUGGUCAAAAAGAGGAAGUCUUUUAGGAGAUAAACUAAUGCACUUUUACUUAUCAAAUCUAUUCCUAAAUCCACUGGAUUAUGGAGACGAUGCGAAGAGAGGACUCGAUACUAAGUGUGUGAUUGGGUGUCAUAAAGAGAAGAACACAAGAAAGAUAAUUGAACGUCAUUGUAAAAACUUUCUCACGUUCAUCCCAUCAUUACACAUUCUUUUCACGUCUUCAUGUUAUUUAUCCCUCUCAUCGAAUAGUUCUAUGGAUUUGUUAUGUUGUAUGAUACUUUCAUAUAGUCAUGAUGUCGUAUAGUAUAAGGAAUCUGUGGUGGUUGAAAUUUCCUCUACUUCAAGAUUAUCUGUUGCACAUACACUCAAAAUUUCAUGUCUCAAAAUUGAAGUGCAUGUGUUUUUCCAUAGGUCAAUGAGCUGUUUAAUACAAGAUAUUUUAUUGUUAUCUGGUCACUUUUUGAAUGAAUGCCUAGCAAAUUGUACAGUUUAAUCAAUUGGAAGCAGCUUAACUUGCCUAUAAUUUUUUUUGGUCAGAAUUUGAAAUAGUUUCCAAAACAUUUGGCACAUUUUUUAGUACAUUUGGUCUAAUUGUCUGUCCCCACUUUUCAUAAACCCCCAAAGUGUGCCAAAUAUUUUGGAUUACUAGUGCAAGUAAGCGAGCAUAUUUUGAGAAGUCUUUGUUAUACAUGUUUUUUCUUUUUGAUACAGUGCCAGCAUGUGAAAUUUAUUCGAUUGUUUAAAUUAUGUACAGUUUUUCAUGAUAAAAAAGAGAAAAUUGAUAAAUGAGAUGAUCCUGAUAAUUUUUUGAAAACAGGAUUAGUAAUUUGUGAAUGGCACAUCUGCAUUCCUUUUAUGAGCACGGGGAGAUGUAUGGCAUGUAAUGUUCACUCACUCGUCGGGUCCAGUUCUUGAGUACAUCUGUGUCCAAAUUUUGUAGUCGUCUUUGUUCCGAUACAUCAGUACACAUUGCUCAGUUGUGAUUACUUUCCCCCAUUUCAAAAGGCUUUGCCUAGUCCCUCUGAUGUGUUUUUUCUGUAGUGUAGUCCUAUGUUGUAUGUUGCUUACACUCUUUCACCAAAUGCAUGUUUAUGAGGUAGGAAGAAGAACACUUUGAUACCAAGCAAUCCAAUAUUAUAAUAGUCGUCCCUGUUCACAUUAAGAGUAAGUGAGUGGGGGAAGAGACAUUGAUGUAUGUUGUUGAUAAUAGAGCCUUGUGUGAACAGAGCUCUUCAUGUAAUGAUAGCGUGUGUGCAAUUUUUAAAUCAAAGUCAGAUCACUCAUUGUAAGGGUAAUGUAUGCAGUUAAUCUCGUACAUUAAACUAAUUGGUCAAACCAUGUCAACUGCACACUACUACAUACCUUUGUACUUAGAGGGAGCCUUUCAUGUGUGGUCGGUCGUCAAACUUCCACGUACUGGGGAAUAAAAGUAUACAUAGUUUUCAGCUUUUCAUAUUUUUGUUCUUUUUGUGUAAAAUGGGAUCCCUGGUUCAUGGAAGUUUCAUAUCGACCAGAAAGGGAGGGUUACCUCGGUGAUUAUUAGACAAAAAUACAUAAUUCCGACAAGAUUCGUGACAAUAAAACAGAACAGUUAUUAAUGCAAAAAUGAA